UCCACGCGCGACUCAAUCCGCAGUCGGGAGUUCACAGACGAACUCCUUCCAAAGAAGCACCAGCCUAUCAAAUGCUAUAACCACCGCUUGCACAGAGCGUCAUCGGUGUCGGUUUCAUUCCACUUCCUAGCUCGAAGCUUUCCUCCCGUCGGACGAGCCGCACGGAGCUCACCAUGGCCGGGGAGGGCUCCGACCAGCGGGCGCUGCAGUAUGAACAAACUCUGAUGUAUGGGCGCUACACCCAGGAGCUGGGGGUGUACGCGAAAGAAGAGGCAGCUCGGCUGAGGGAGAGUGGACAGAAGCGAUCGGUCAGUGAGCGAAGCCGGAACUUGGACCUGCUGGAAUACGACAAAGGACGCUGUGCCAAGUGUCGCAGGUCAGGGUAUCCAUAUGUUCUGGAAGCACCAGCCCAGGACUUUAUGUCUGUUUGCACGGUUCGCUGCCAGAAGUUCUUGAUCUCGCGGGUCGGGGAGGACUGGAUUUUUCUCAUCUUGCUGGGACUAGUCAUGGCGUUGGUCAGCUGGGUGGUGGACUUCUGCAUCGCCAUUUGCCUCCAAGCACAGAAGUGGAUGUACGGUGGUCUGGACAGUAACGUUUUCCUGCAGUAUUUGGCCUGGGUCACAUACCCAGUCGUCCUCAUCACCUUCUCUGCUGGCUUCACUCAGAUUCUUGCUCCACAGGCUGUCGGUUCCGGCAUUCCGGAGAUGAAAACUAUCUUGCGAGGAGUCGUGCUGAAGGAGUACCUCACUUUCAAAACGUUUGUGGCGAAGGUGAUCGGGCUGACCUGUGCCUUGGGCAGUGGAAUGCCGCUGGGCAAGGAGGGUCCAUUUGUUCACAUUGCCAGUUUGUGUGCUGCACUCCUCAGCAAGUUCAUGUCUCUGUUUGGAGGAAUUUAUGAGAACGAAUCGAGGAACAUUGAGAUGCUGGCAGCAGCCUGUGCAGUGGGAGUGGGUUGCUGUUUUGCUGCCCCAAUAGGAGGUGUAUUGUUCAGUAUUGAAGUAACAUCAACAUUCUUUGCGGUGAGGAACUACUGGAGAGGGUUCUUCGCAGCAACUUUCAGUGCCUUCAUUUUCCGAGUGCUUGCUGUUUGGAACAAAGAUGAAGAGACCAUCACAGCCCUUUUUAAAACUCGCUUCCGGCUAGACUUUCCAUUUGACCUCCAGGAACUUCCUGCUUUUGCUGUCAUUGGAAUUGCCAGUGGUUUUGGUGGGGCUUUGUUUGUCUACCUCAACCGACUGAUUGUCCAGUUCAUCAGGAAACAGAAGGCCAUCAACAGAUUCCUCAUGAAAAAACGUCUUCUGUAUCCAGCACUGGUAACUCUGCUUGUGUCCACGCUAACAUUCCCCCCUGGGUUUGGACAAUUCAUGGCUGGCAAGCUGACACAGAAAGAAUCUCUGGUGACGUUACUUGACAACCGGACUUGGGCCAAGCAGGGCAUUGCAGAAGAGUUUGACUACAUUGGACAUUCUCAAGCAUGGAAACAUCCGCAAGUCAACGUCUUUGUCACGCUGGUUCUCUUCAUUGUCAUGAAGUUCUGGAUGUCUGCUCUUGCCACAACAAUUCCAGUACCCUGUGGGGCGUUCAUGCCAGUAUUUGUUAUAGGGGCAGCAUUCGGUCGCCUGGUGGGAGAAAGCAUGGCCGCCUGGUUCCCGGAUGGUAUAAACACAGACGGCACCAUCUACCCCAUUGUACCGGGAGGCUAUGCUGUUGUAGGUGCAGCAGCCCUGUCAGGAGCAGUCACCCAUACAGUUUCCACUGCAGUGAUUGUGUUUGAGCUGACUGGGCAGAUCUCUCACAUCCUUCCUGUGAUGAUCGCGGUGAUUCUGGCCAACGCUGUAGCACAGUCCCUGCAACCCUCCCUGUACGACUCUAUCAUCCGUAUCAAGAAGCUGCCAUAUCUCCCAGAGCUGGGCUGGGGGCACCAUGAAAAGUACAAUAUCCGUGUGGAGGACAUCAUGGUGAGGGACGUGCGCUACAUCACGCUCAACUGCUGCUACAGAGACCUGCAUAAUGUCCUUCUGACGGGUCACCUCAAAACUUUGGCUCUGGUGGAAUCAGCUGCAUCCAUGAUCCUCUUGGGUUCCAUUGAGCGUGCUCAGCUCCAGUCGCUGCUCUCCCUCCAGCUUGGUCGCUCUCGCCGCCUCGAUUUCAUCAGAGAGCGGGACGCAGCAGAGAAGAAGCGGAUGUCUGUCGUGUCCAACUCUGACUGCGAGGACGACCACCUACGAACAAGUCAGGAGGUCCGCUUCCAGAUAUCCACAGAAGAAUCAUCUAUCAGCCCCACUCGUCCAAUUCCACAGAAGCCCCUUAAACCUGCUCUGAAGAGACCCUCGGUGGUAGAGCGGCCCACCGAUAUCCCCACCAGUCCACAGGACCAAUCAGGCAACGCGCUAAAGAACCUGUUUUGUGCCAGUCCAGAUGCAGAGCUCAUGGAGGAAGAUGGAGAUGUGGAAGAUGACAUGACUCUCAGAGAGAUUGCGGAGUGGGAGGAGAUGCAACUUGAUGAGCAGGUCAACUUUAACAACUGCAAGAUUGACCCUGCUCCAUUCCAGCUUGUGGAGCGCACAUCGCUACAUAAGACACACACCAUAUUCUCCCUACUCGGCCUGGACCACGCCUACGUGACCAGUAUUGGACGACUCAUUGGCGUUGUUUCCCUCAAAGAGCUCCGUAAAGCCAUCGAGGGCUCGGUGACGGUGAAAGGUGUAAAGGUGCGUCCACCUCUAGCCAGCUUCCGGGACAGCGGCACGAGCAGCAGCGAAAACGAUGCCACAGAGCUCCACAAGCUGUGGAGUCGCCAAAAGAGCGUUUCACUGCCACGCGAACACACCCCGUCAGAGUCUGACGAGAAGUCCCAGUGAGGUACGACGGCAAGCGGAGGACAUCUUAAGGUCCUUAUAUUCCCUAAAGUCAAAAACAUGUAAAAUUCCUCAGGGCUAUGAAUCAAUAUUUCAUUGUUGUAAGAUUUUUACUACACUGUCAGCCUCGUCUCCUCUCAUCCUCUUGCAUCAUUGCAGUCAUUUGUGCAGGAAACUUGCACUCCCCCAUUCCACACACUCCUCAGGAGAGCCAAACGCAUCUCAGCCUGUGUCCUGCUUUCUAUUCACACCAGGGAAACCGACAAGUGGUGAAUUUUUUAAAAAGGGAUUUUCUUAAGCAGACAUUAUUUAGUUCGGAUAGCCCGCUCUGACCUGAAAAUACCAUUUUUUUUUAUUCGCUAUUCCAUUUUGUGUACUGUACGUUUUUGAGUGUGUGGUGAUAAAGCACUGUGGCUUUUUGCACUCUGGUAUCCUCACCGACAUACUUUAGAGUAUGGACGAGGAAAGAUGCUCAAUGGCCUGGAAUCCAUUUGCAUAAUGUAGACUUUCUUUACGAUGCCGGCCACAGACUUAGUACAUCUGGUAAUGCAAAGAAACAUGGCUGUGGCGGCAUCCAUAAGGUGUUCUGCUUAUCUAAAUAUAGCGCAGAUGGACAGCAGUUCACAUGACUUUAGGAGACACUACAGUAUAUGACACCUUAGACCUACUGAUGAAAUAAAGCAGAAUCCACCUUGUGAUGCAAUCAGUGUAGCGACACUAAAAGAAAUCAAUAGCUAACCAAUAGGCAGAUAGUCCAUUCUGUGACUGGCAUAUAUAGAAAAUGAAUGGAAAUUUCACCUUUCUAGCCAAUUAGUAGCUCUAGCGAUGUCCAAGGAAAUUUGAGCCCUGGUUGUUUGAAUGAAUGGAUUCAGAGUCAAGCAGUCGGCCUGACAUGACAGAUAAUAAGUACUGUGUAUUUAAUAAUUCAUGUUUGAUAUAAUGCAUAUGGCAGUGUGCGCUCUGUUCAUGGAGAAAGAAAAACACUGAUUUGUCUUCCAUGUCCUCCAUACCUCCUUUGUGCACAUCAGCAGUAGUUACCUCCAUUUUCAUGAUUAAUUGGUUUAGACCAAAAAUGCAACAUUCUAGGAACCAAUGCGAAAUAAUUAUAAAUGACGACUAAAAUGGAUUAAUUAACUUUUAAAGUGUCCUCCAGAAGUACUGGAACGAUGAGGUCUUUUUUUUUUUUUUGCUGUAGACUGAAAACAUUUGGCCACCCUCGGCCAUCUCUUCCAAAAACAUUAAUUCAUUCAUUUUUUACCGCUUAUCCUCGCGAGGGUCGCGGGGGUGCUGGAGCCUAUUCCAGCUGUCUUCGGGCGAGAGGCGGGGUACACCCU